UUUAAAAACUCUUCCUCCUUUUUGUCCUCUUUGAUCUUUACUUUGAGCGACUCCUCCUCCGUCUUUUGUCCCUCCUCUUUCUUUUUUUAUGCUCCUCCUCCUCCUCCUCCUCCUGUAGUAACAUGUGUGCGUCUCCUCACUCUCUCCUGACCUGUGGAGCCUUCAGGUGUCUCUAGAGCUGCAGGAGAACGCAGUGUUUUCUCCCUGUUGUGUCACUGAGGGACUGAGUUAGAGGUGAUGGGGUAUCAGAGGAGCAUGUGGCGCAGUCUGGCCGGAGGAGGAGGAGGAGGAGGAAGUGUUGCUGUGGUGAGGUGCUCAUGUUCAGAGGAGGAGGUGAACAUCUCCUUCAGGAGCGUUGGGGAGGAGCGGCGGCUCAGACGAGCGUUCGUCCGCCGCUGGUUCGGCGGCGGGCUGUCGGCGUCUCUGCUGCUCAGAUAUUUAGCUAAACCCUCUGAGCGGUGGUUAGCCGACUCCUCCCGCCUGUCCACCGCCUCCAUCAGCAGUAAUGAGCGCGCUCCGUCGGCCACGCCCUCCGACUCCUCCUCUUCCGACCGCCGCCCGGUGAGCCUGAUCUCCACGCUGUCCUCGGGCUCCGGGGACGACAACCUCGCCCCCCCGCCGUCCACCCAGACCUCCGACAUCCACCUGGACCUGAGCCCUGGGGGGGGCUCUGCAGAGGGCCAGGGGGCGUGGCCAGGACCCGACGAGGCGGGGCGCAGCGUCAAUCGCACAAACAACAACAACAAACCGUCCACGCCGAGCCGAUUCUCCAGCCGCCGCCAGCAGGUGUCGCCGUUCAUAGCCAAAACCAUGGCGCCGAACCCCCAGCUGACCUACCUGGACCGGGUCGUCAUGGAGAUCAUCGAGACGGAGCGGAUGUACGUCAGAGACCUGCGCAUGAUCGUAGAGGACUACCUGGCCCACAUCAUCGAUCAGUGUGACCUGUCCAUCCGUCCCGAGCAGGUCUGCGCUCUCUUUGGAAACAUCGAGGACAUCUACGAGUUCAACAGCGAGCUGCUUCAGGCUCUCGACCUGUGUGACAACGACCCCGUCGCCAUCGCCCGGUGCUUCGUCAUGAAGAGUGAGUACUUUGAGAUCUACACGCAGUACUGCACCAACUACCCAAAUUCGGUGGCGGCGCUGACCGAGUGCAUGAGGAAUAAAACUCUGGCUACGUUUUUCCGGGAGCGGCAGGCGUCGUUGAAGCGGUCGCUGCCUCUGGGUUCAUACCUGCUCAAACCCGUCCAGAGGAUCCUCAAGUACCACUUGCUGCUCCAGGAGAUAGCGAAGCACUUUGACCCGAUGGAGGAGGGCUAUGAGGUGGUGGAGGAGGCGAUCUACACCAUGACGGGCGUGGCCUGGUACAUCAACGACAUGAAGAGGAAACACGAGCACGCCGUCAGACUGCAGGAGAUUCAGUCUUUGCUGCUGAACUGGAAAGGUCCAGACCUCACCACGUACGGAGAACUGGUUCUAGAGGGAACCUUCAAAGUCCAUCGGGCCAAAAACGAGAGAACGCUCUUCCUGUUCGACCGCAUGCUGUUGAUCACCAAACGCCGCGGAGAACACUUCGUCUACAAGACGUACAUCACUUGCGCCACCCUCAUGCUGAUUGAAAGCGCCAAAGACUCUCUGAGCUUCAGCGUGACUCAUUACAAACAUCCCAAACAGCCUCACACCGUCCAGGCGAAGACGGUGGAGGAGAAGAAGCUGUGGGCUCAUCACAUCAAACGCAUCAUUCUGGAAAACCACCACGCCAUCAUCCCACAGAAGGCUAAAGAGGCCAUCUUGGAAAUGAACUCCAUAUACCCUCCCAGGUACCGUUACAGCCCUGAGCGGCUGAAGAAAGCUCUGUCUCAGUCUGAUGAGAUUCCACGAGACGGUUGUCAGGGACGACAACAGUCGGAGCUGACCAAACAAGUACUGAAGAACACCAAAGCCGUCAUAAAGCACUCGGACACUGAGGGGGAGUUCCGCCGUCGCCAGCCCGCCUCCAGCAGCAACACGCUGGGCGAGUCUGAGGCUCACCGGGCCGCUGAAGAGGAGGAGGAGGCGGGGAGGUUGUGUCCUCAGCAGUCAAGUCAGACGCCAGCAGAGGACAGCGAGUCAGACGAGAUUCUGCUGGAGGACGACCAGGUAGACGACUUCGCCAGCUCCGUGCUGGCUGCCAUCUCCUGCUGGCACUACGGCGCCCAGGCUCUGCUUUCAACAGGGGUUACCAUGGUGACGGAGGCCGAGGGAGACGACGUCUCUUCUAAUGGCUGUAACAAAGAAAAUGGCCGACUUCCUGAAGAAGACGAGCCGGGUGGACCUCAGCCGACGUGUGAGCAGCCCCCCACAGAUGAGCUUCCACAGGAGAAGACGUCAGAGUCUGAACCAAUAGAAAAUCCUGAACCAGAACCAAAACCAUCGGAUCCGGACAGUUUGUCUGCUACAACUCAGAGGAUCCCAGUAUCCCCUCAAAGUUCAGAAGAUCUGAAACUGGAAAGAGAUUCAGAGCCCACAGAACAACCGUGCUCCUCCACACCUGAUUCAGAUUCAAAAACCCUGAGUAGUGGGGAAUCGUCUGAGGACGAGGAGGGGGCAGCGGAGAAAGAAGGCGAAACCUCCAGCAUCCUUCCCUCCUCUGUCCUGGACAAAGCCAGCGCCAUCGCUCAGCAUUUCAGCAACAGCAUCAAGCGAGGCAGCCUGGUCCAGGACGACACUCGCUCCCUUGGUUGUGCUUCACCACGGCUACCCAGCAGGACCGGCAGCAGCCUCAGCCUCAGCCUCAGCGCCGAACCAUCCAAUCACCCUUUACGGCAAAACAGUGUCUGUUCUGAUUCUGCUGAGACCUUCGGGGGGACAGACUUGACCCUGCUGUCUCCUCGGGACGACAGCCUUUUCGAUGCCGACCGCGGCAUUCGUUGGAGGCGGGACUCCACCCUGUCUAGGCAGGACCAGCUGCUCAUUGGCAAAAUCAAGAGUUAUUAUGAGAAUGCAGAGAACCGUGACGCCACCUUCAGCCUCCAGCGCAGAGAGAGCCUGACCUACAUCCCGACUGGGCUGGUCAGGAGCUCCGUCAGCCGGUUCAACAGCAUCCCGAAGGAUGAUUCUGUCCAGAAAAAUCCCUCCACCUUGGGCCCAUCCUCCAGUUUUGACCCCUCUUCGGCAGAGUCUGCUUUAUCCACAGAUACGUGGGGUCACAUGGUCUUUAGUGACUCUUUGGACUCUCUGAAGUCUGAUCAGAGAAGCACAGAUCCAGAAGAUUCAGCAGAAAUCCAAAGGUCCAGAUCUCAAAGCAUGCAGGACAAUUUUUCCGAGGACGAAGAGUUCAGACCUUCAUCUGAAAUGAUCAAAAUCUGGCAGUCGAUGGAGCAAGAGAUCAAUAGAUCCCAAAGCGAAGACCGACGCCGUGAACGGAGUCGAGAAGCUCCAAGAAACUCCAGAGCGACAGACGCGGCGGAGACCCCACACAAGAGCUGUGACCGAGAGAGUGGGGCGUCUGACCUCAGCACCAUCACAGAGGAAUCCACGAGCCCUUCGCCCCUCAAGCACAAAGCCUCCGAUGUGACUCGGACAGGAAGUCUGAAGGACGCACUGAAGGUGUUCAGGGAAGAGCCCAUCGUCUUCAGGGCUCCGGUUCCUCGCAUCGCCCAGCUGAAGGCGGAGGCAGAGGGGGAAAAGCCCGGUGAGGAUUCAAACCAGCUGGAGGACGCAGACAAGACCAAAAGCAAAGUCCUCAAUCUGGCCCGCCAAUACAGCCAGCGAAUCAAAACAACCAAACCAGUGGUCCGACAGCGAAGUCAGGGCCUCCUGAUGGGCAAGUUCUUACCCUCUGUGGUGGAGGAGAAGGAGAGUGCAGGUAAAUCCAACCUGACUCUGCCACUGGUUCCUCACAACCAGGCGACCUCUCUACCGGUGAGCCCUGUAGACCAGAUCCCAUCUCCGACCCCUGGCCUCACCUGCAGCUCGGUGGGCAGCUCGGGUGUGGUCUCCCCGCCCCAGGCUCGCUCCCGCAGCCUGGUAAAUUCCCUUCGGUCCUCCUCCAUCGAGGGCUUCAGCUGGCCAGACGUCCGAGAACUCCGCUCCAAAUACUCCGACCACGGUCUCUCCCAGAAGAGUUCUGUCGGCCGGAGUCGCUCUGUCCAGGAGCAGAUGUUUGACGGAGGUCUGAGGAGGCACUCCAGCUGCUCCUCCGGCCUUCUCGCUGACGGCGCUCCUGGCAGUUCUUCGUUCAAACUUUCCAGCAGCCGUGAGUCCAGCAGAGAAGAACGCAGAAAGCGGCUUCACAGAGCCAAUUCUCUGGACCCUCGGCUGAGCGGAGCCCAAAUGACUGAGCUGCAGAACCUCCAGGACCAGGUCGCCAAUGGCAACUACGACGGUUACUACGUUGCAGCCGAAGCGCCGCUAACAAAUGACCCCGAACACAAGAUCAUGGUCUUGGAGAAGCUUUCUGAGUCUGCAGAAACGACCAAAGAAUCCAAAGAAGGCGACGACGAAAAGUACGUUCAGAUCCGUUCACCCACCAGCAGGGAGAAGAUCUCCAUCAUGGCCGUCAUCGACCGCUGCCGGGUCUACCAGGAGUCUGACGAAUACAAACAGAGGGAGGACGUGAAAUCCAAAACUGAGUCCACGAGGCCUCAAGAGCUCGACUCCACCACGGCGUCCGAUCAGGACGACGAGUCCCAGAAAACGAGCUCCGGACAGAAGACGGAGGCCGGUCAGCAGAGCAUCGUGAAAAAUCUGAGAGAGAAGUUCCAGAGCAUGAGCUGAACAAACAGAACCAGAAAAAACUUCAUAUCAAAACUCUGAAUUAAUGAAGAUUUAUAAAUCUGUACGCAGUGACCAUCCGUUGGUCACCCUGUCAGAGUUUUCCCAACCCAUUCACAGCCAGAGACGACUUCUGCUUUACUUCCUGUGAUUAUGGAAGAAUCAUGAUGGAAAACAUAAACAACAUAAUUACAUGUACAUAUAUAAUGAUUAUUGUGAUUUAAAGAACUCAAGCGUUUGAAAGAGAAAAUAUCUUUUGUGACUAGAACAGCUUAAAGAUCCAAAAACCACUUUCCCCUGAUUACAAGAUCUUUUCCCUCUCUGGCAUUCUGUAGAUAAAUAUCUAGAAAUAUGUACAUUUCUUUAUACAUUCCUCAAGUAAACAAUAUCAGAAUAUUUGUUCAAAGCACCUUUUUGUACAGGACGUUGUUGUGUUGCACAGGUUCAGUUCAUGUUCAGAUGAUCUUAGGAAGGCGUCACUGCACUGAGGGAUCCGUCUUGUUACAGACUUCUUCCCUCUGCAGAGACUUUAAUGUUCCACUGUUAGAUUAAAUCUGUGUGGAAUUCUGCAACAAGCGGACUAACCACUAAACUUUACCUCUCAGAGGUCCCUUUGUUCAGUCACAGUAACACCUCGCAGAUGAUUUUUAAAGGAUUAAAGGAACAGUCCAACAUUUUAUAAACCCUCUUGUUCUGUUUUCUCUGAGUCAGAAAUAGCUCCAGGACGUGUUUAGCCUAGCUUAGCACAAAGACUGAUACCUGGGUCAAGCUUCUAGCCUAGCACCCCAUCGAAAGUGAACAAAUCCACCUUCCCAGAACUCUGAGGUGAUUUACAUGUUAUGUGUUGAGCUGGUGUACAAACAGAAAUGUAAAGUGGCCUCAUCCAGGAAUGGCGUCCGACUCUUCUGUCCACUUUCCAGUUUGGACGUUCACAACAGUUAGAAACACCUCUGACCUCAGACGUCGUCAGACGACCGACCAUACAGACCGGUUAUUUUGAUUCGAUUAAUCGAAUUGUCAAAUCUCUGGUGGAUCCAGCAGGUGGAACGAGCGAUUUACAACAAGUGUGUGAGGUGAAGAGAGUUUGGUUAAUCGGACUUAAAACGGCUGAUGGGGAAGAAAAGAUUUGAAAAGGAAAAACAAAAUGAUUCUUUAAAGAAGGCCCAGCAUGGUUUCAGCAUGAGAUAUUUGUCCUGUCUCCAGCUGACACUCAGUGGACUCGUCACUGGCUUCUUAGCUACAACAUCAGGUUUCCAAAAUGUGGGACUGUUCCUUUAAUUUGCAGCCGUUUCUGUGUCUGAUAUCUCAUUUUCUUCUGGUUUCAUGAAAAUCUUAAUUGAGAUAACUUGACUGUAAAGACAUUAACAUGUGUCUCAGCGAUAACAGUGUCCAACGUCUCACACUGAACAUUUACAGUGCAGCCAGUCAGACAGAUGUAUGGAGGACCAACCUGCUUUAGGAGAAAAAUAAAUUAUCUGGCAAAUUAAUAAAUUCAUUUUUUUAAAUGAGAGAAUAAAAUAGCUGUGGAUUUAUUUUCCCUGAGCAGAAUUAAUUAACGGUUUAACCCUCAUAAUGAUUUUAUUUAUAUACACAUUAAUGGAUUUAUUUGUCUUUUUGUGCCUUUUUCUAAUUUGUGUCAAGCUUAAAUAAAAACUGUAUUGACUUAUUUUUUUCCAGGAAAGUCAGGGAUUGUCCUCCAUACACGCUAGAAAUGUGAUGUUUUCUAGAGCAGAUUUUAAUAAAUGAAUUUUAUUUGCUCGGUGGCACAAUGGAAGAUCCGGGACUUGAACCUGUGACAUUUCUUUAACCACUGGUCCACCCUGCACCUCAUGUUCUUCACUCAGUCGACCACUGUUAACAGCCGGGCUCGUACCUGUCCUGUACCUCCUAUUUAUUGAUUUGAUGUAAAUAGAAACCAAAAUACUGUCUGUGUUUCUGUAACUGUGAUUAUAUCUGUGUUUUAUGUACAAACAUGUUUCUGUGACCUCAGUCUGUUCUUCAUUAAACCAAAUGUACAGGAUCAGCA